AUGGAGAAGAUUCAUAGUUUGCUUCAAUGGGCUACUGACAAUGGUGCCGAUGUUUCUAAGAAUAUAGAAUUCAAGGAAAUAAAGCCCGGUUACUAUGGAGCUAUUCUGGUGUCCAACGACAAAGCCUCAAUAAAAAUUUCCAGAGAGUUGGUCAUCACAUGUGACAAGGCCACCGCCUUAUUUAAGGAUGCAUAUAAAGAGGCAAACCAUAGCUCAUUAUUGAAGGUCUAUCUUUGUUAUUUGCAAACUCAAGGAAGUUUUUACAAGCCAUAUUUGGAUUUACUUCCCUCACUUCAAGCAAUUGAUUCCCCAUACACCUGGUCAGCUCAAGAUAAGGCUUACCUUAAAGGAACAAACUUGGGUAACUCUUUAAGGGAAAACAUAGCUUCCUUGGUUGAAGGGUGGUGGAGUGCAGUUAAUAUUAUACCCAAAGAGGUACCAAAACCAGAGCUGCACUUUAUAAACCUCAAAUUUUAUUAUGAAAACAAGUUUUAUACUGAUGAUGACUAUUACAAUUACUUCAACGAGGUAGACAUCAACAACUGGACCAGUUUUCCGAAUUACCUUUGGGCAUCACUCAUUCUCAAAAGUAGAGCAUUCCCCGCGUACAUUAUCGACCCAAGCUUACCUAAAAAUGAACCAAUGUUGUUACCCGUUGUUGAUUUGUUGAACCAUAAUCCAAAAGCAAAGGCUGAAUGGUGCUGUGUAGAUGGUGAGUUUCUUUUCCAAUCAGACGGUGUCUCAAAAGGUGAAGAGAUUUUCAAUAACUAUGGCCAAAAAGGAAAUGAGGAGUUGUUGUUGGCUUAUGGGUUUGCAAUUGAGAAUAACACCGCUGACUCUGCUGCAUUAAAGAUAAAGAUUCCAGAACCUCGAAUGGAGGUGAUUAAGGACUUGGGUAUUGAAUUACCAUCGAUUUAUGAUUACACAAAUUCUGUGGUCGAGCAAGCCCCAAGCGUAGUAGAAACACAUAGCGAUAGUGUGCUUUUCUACAUAAAUCAAGAGCAAAUUCCAAAAAGCUUGAUUCAGUUGUUUCAAGCCCUCGUGCAGAACCAAUGGGAAUUUGGCUUUACAUUGCGUAUGCAAUUAGCUGGAUUAAACCAUCUCAGAGCUGCAUUUGAAACCAAGAAGAAGUUGAUGAAUUUAAAUAUCCCUAAUGACUCAAUUAAACACAAAUACAUUCGUUGGUACACUGAAUCACAAAAUGCAAUUUUCACUUCAGCAAUCAAGAUCGUCAAGAGGCAAGAGAAACAACUUCUUGGGGAAUUCAAAUCCGACUUGAUUUCAUUGAAAAGUGUAUACAAAAAGGACAUCAAAUUCCAACAGUCGCUACUUUUCCUCGGAUUUAGUUCAUAUGAAUCAGUGUUGGAAUCUGAAUUUCAAGAUCAAUGUUGGUUGCUAUGGUUGAUCCGCUGUUAUAACAAGAACCAUUACAAUGACGAAAACCUAUCACAAUGGAUCCAUGAUUUAUUUGUUCAUCUCAGAAAGGUUACUGAUAUAUCAGCACAAGAAGUACUAAACUUUAAGCCCAUUCAUGAUGCGAUACUCCCUGACUUAGCUAAAGCGGUACCAGAAAUUUACGGAGUUGGCGAUUGGUCAGUGGCUGAACUCAUAAUUGCCAGCAAACUACUAGACUUGAUCUCCUUCACACGCGGUAAAGAGCAAGAGUGUAUUCUCGUACAUCAAAAUUACAAAACAUAA